GGUAAACACGCUGGGGUGAGGAGGGGUAUAUAAACUUCACUUAGAAGUUAAACCCUAAUUCACUGCCGCCUAACCCUCUAUUGAACAGUUUCUUCUUCCCUUUCGAUCUCUCGUCCACCCUCUGAUGGUGAAGCCGCAAGCGCGACACAUCUCCUCUUAUCUCUCAUCUCUCAUCUCCUCGACCGGAGAUCCAAAUCACAAGGUGAGAAGAGCAGUCACCGGUGGAGAUGGGGAAGCAACACCCACCAACGUCGAAGGACGAGUU